GCACCGUUUGAGCGUACCAUCACAGCAGACGAGACCAAACAACUGCGCAAACGAGCACCUGCACGCAACGAGAAGCAGAUUGGCGACAUCUAUCUCAUGACAUCACUGACGAAGGAGGCGCAGCUGCACUACUACGAAUGCAUUGAGCAGAGCAAGUCAACCGCAGACUGGGCCUGGUAG